AUGGCCCUGCGAAACCUGGGACGGCCAGCUGCGGCCAGGAUGAACCUGCUGGCCACUAUUCUCCUGGUUCUCCUGGCGUGCAUCGGCAUCCAGCCCGCGCGUGCCGUCUCGGUACAGUUUGAAAACUGCAUGCCCGAAGACUAUGUCGACAACACGGACCCGGUUCUGCUGCAAUGGGUCCCACUCCUUGUCGAAGCCUCGUUCGACGCCACGGCGGACGACAGCCGCAAGUUGCUUGUCACCAUGUACGGCAACGUCACUGGCACACGCUCUUCCGCGCCGUUGCCAGCCUGGGAUAGCCCUCUUUGGAACGAUCCCUCCAACACGAAUGGCAAGAUCCUGCGCGCACCGGACACGUCCGUGGCGAAUCCCAAACUCACGACACUGCACAGCAAGAUGGAGGUCCUCACGUACGAGCCCUGGAGCAAUGACACCGACUUCUGUGCCGAUUCGUUGGCCAAUGGCGUCUGCCCACUGGGCCCCGUCUUCAAUACGUCAGUCAUUUCCUACACCGACCUUCCGUCCGUGUCCAUGUCGAAUGUCUUCACCACGUCGUACGCCUUCACCUCCUUUUCCGCGACCUUCAUUAUCCGCUACGGCGACGCCGCCUCCACGACCAUUGGCUGUGUCUCGGCCACCAUCACGCCCUCGCUGGGUUACUUAGCCUGGAUCAUCAAGUUCUUGCCUUUGUUGGUCCUGCUGGCGGUCGGUUUUGCAACCGUAUUUGCUGGCAUGUACAGUCCGUGGGGCACGGCUGACAUCUUCCACUGGACGAGCAAUUACGGCCGCGAUCCAGACUUAUUGCGCCUGGUGACACCCGGGUUUGGCGACUGCCUGCAGUACCUCCAGUUUGCCGUUCUCACGGGCGGCCUGACCCUCAGCUACCCCGGCUUCUACCAACCCAUAGUGAGCCAGGCGUCGUGGUCUGCCCUCAUGUUCAACCAGACGUUUGUGAGCAAGGAGGACGGCAUUCCUGACGUUGUUGACGGCAUCUAUUCCACGAACGGCUCCUAUGGUCUGCAAAAUCUGGGCCAACUCGCUGGCAUGGGCAACGUAGAGGACAUUUGGGCCGGUAUGAUGGUGUGGCUGAUGGUGAUUGUUGUGGGCACUCUGGUUCUCUUCCAGCUCGGAUUCGCCCUGCAGUGGAUCUACCGCUCUGUGCGUCGGAUCCCCGAGGAAGACCUGCGCUCCAAGAACUGGCCGUUCUCUAUCGGCAACCUCGUCCGCGUUGUCUUCAACUAUUUCCUGCUGCCGCUCGUGUCUCUGUCGACGUUCCAGUUUGUCGUCGCGGCCCAGUCGCCAGCUUAUACUGUGGCGUUGGCUGCCUUGACCCUUGCUGCGAUCCUCGGCUUUGCCGCCUGGCUGCUGUACCUUAUCACGAGUACCAAACCUCGCGCAGUCCUGUUCGACGACCUUCCGACGUUGCUCCUCUACGGCCCGCUCUACAACACGUACUCUGACGAGGCAGCCGCCUAUGCCAUGUGCCCGUUCAUGGUGACGCUCAUACGAGGCAUUGCCAUUGGCGCUGUGCAGCCGGCCGGUAUCGCCCAGAUCAUCCUUCUGGCUAUCUGCGAGGUUGUCCAGAUUGUCACGCUGCAAGCCAUUCUCCCUUUCCACAAGCAAUCCUCCAUGAACGCCUAUCACACCUUGUUUGCAGCUCUCCGCUUUGUGACGAUCAUGCUGAUGAUUGCAUUCAUCCCAGCGCUGGGCGUCACCGAGGGCCCCAAGGGCUGGAUUGGUUACGUCAUUCUGGUGAUCCACGCCGGCAUCCUGAUCCUCGGCUUUUUCCUCAACGCCAUUCAGACACUUCUUGAGGUGAUUGCCCGCAUGGCCGGUGCUGGCGGCGAUGAUGUCAUGGGCCAGACGCGCGGCGGUCUCUCCAAGAUCUUUGGCAUGCGUCAGCUAUCGAGACGCAUGCCACGCCGUAUUGCCGGUGCCACGUCUCGCCAGAGCCAAAUGUCGAAUGCGGGCAUGCUGGACUCUGAAGAGGCUAGCAAGGCUGGAUUCAUCAUGCCGGGUGGCCGCCUGCGAAGUGAGUCCGCCGGUAGCAUCGGCGUUCUCAUGGGUGGCAAGCCUGGCCAACGGAGCUCGUCUGCCCUCGACAAUCUCAGCGUGGAAAACACCAUGGCCCAGGGUGGACGGAAUUUGGAGAGUGGUGCCGGAUCGUAUACUCCGACUACGGCUGGUGAGAUGAGCAACUUCUCCGUCCUGCCGUCACCGAACCCCAACAGCAACCGCCUGUCGGGCGCUUCCGCUCUUUUUGCCGGCGCAAAUACCACUCCGGUGGAAGCCAGUGACCCAUACUACCGCCAGCCGCGGCGAACGAGACGCCCAACGCUCAGUCAAGAAAACAAUGUGCCGUCUCCAGCCGACCGGACGCGUGGAUCAUGGGCCAGCGGUGACUGGGGUCAGGGUGCGCAGGCUCCUGGUGGCGGCCCGGCCCCUCCUGCCGCAACCGCUGUGGGACAUAGCUCCAACAAUGCCGCCAAUGCAACCGCAGUAGCUGCGGUUAUAGCGGGUGGUGUGCCUCCCAUCACUGGGGAUGGUGACGUCGACGGCCAGCCGUCUCGUGGAGCCACGCCGGCACCAUACGGCCAACCGGCGUUCUCGCCGAGGACAGACUACUCCACGCGUGAAGUCGACUUUUACUACGGAGUGAGAGGUCAGCGCCUGAACUCGGAUGCGCCUGGCCGGCGAUUGGGUACGGGACCUGCGGAUCCUACAGGCCCGAUGGCGUCGGCUGCCGGCUGGUUCCGGACUCUUAUCGGCGGCAAGACCAAGGAGAAGGGCAAGGGCUUUGAGGUUGUCAGAAGUUCCCGGAUGCCGCCUGCUAUGGUGGCUCGUGGGGGCGACUUCGAGGACGAGGGCCCGCCACCUGGUGUUCCUGUGGCCAUGGAUGUGAUCCGCAAUGGCCCGAUCGAGUCGGAUGACGAAGAUGACGCCCAGGCCAAGAACCGGCGGACGCUUCGUAGCCGCGACCGCCCAGCAGGCAGUGAACCAAAACCGGCCGAGUCGGAUCUGCUCAACGAGGAUGGCAACCCUGGCGAGGACAGCGAGGCGGCCGAUGAAGCUGGAUUCUUGCGCGUCUCUGAUGUGCCCCCGCUGCUGCCCAGCAUUGACGGCGGUGACAGCAUCCAUAUGCCGAGCAGGCUGCCGAGCCGCAACCAGUCCAAGGCCAGCCGGUACACUGCUGCUGGUGACGGAUACAACAAUGGGGCCUUGCCGUCUGCGACUGUGCCCGUCUUGGCUGAAGUCCCUAGUCUGCCCCGCAAGAGCUCUAAGCGUCCCUUGUCAGACGAUGGGAAAGGCCAGCCUAUGUCGCUCUCCACUCCAUCCGAGACAGGCCGCACGGCGUCCAUGAGCUCCUCCCACGGCGCCCAAUACCAGCAGCAGCCGUACCUGGCGCCUGCCAUCCGGGUUGACUCGGCGAGCAGUGGUGGAGGGCUCGCGACUGCGAGACUGCCCUUUGACCGCAACAACUCGCUUCAGCGGCAGAUGUCCGAGGGUUCCUCAAAUGCGCAUACUGCCGAGGAGUUUGCUCAGAUUGACCUGAACGACAACUCGUCGAACAACACCGGCGGUGCCGGGCGAGGCUCGAACGAGGACCGGCCGACAAGCUAUGGGUAUGUCCAGCAAGGUAGCAUCAGCCGAAUCGACCCCGAGCGGCAGCCGGAUUUGCUGGGAUCAUCUGCCGAAGUCGUCGAUGAGCACCACUAA